AUGCCUUUUCCAACAAAUAUGCUGACCGACCCUUCGUUCUCAGCCUCUGCUAGACAGCAAGCUCUCAAUCGAAUCUACUCUGACCCAGGCCUUCCCCAGAGUUCGACAACCUCGUCGUUCUGGACCCGGGGACCACACAGCUUCAGCCAGGGAGCUGCAAGAUCUCUUCCCAAGGAAGCUGAUAUUGUUAUUAUCGGAUCUGGCAUUACUGGGGCAUCUAUUGCGCGGACCUUGCUACAGCACCGUGCUGCAGAUCCCUCCUCUACCUCUCAUCCAUCUGUUGUCAUGCUCGAAGCCCGCACAGUCUGUAGCGGCGCAACCGGCCGCAAUGGCGGUCAUAUCCUAGAAACAGCCGAAGAAUACGGCGAGUUUGCCGAUGUCUUUGGCGUGGACGCCGCACGCAAGCUUAUCCGCUUCCGAUUGGCCCAUCUGCAGGAGAUGCUCACUGUCGCAGAAGAGCUUGGCAUCACUACUGAGACACAAGCACGAAAGGUUCAGUUCCUGGGCGUUUACUUCGGCGACGAGCCUUGGAAGACGGCGUUGGAGCGAAUGCACCGUUUCAAGGAUGGAAUGCCGGAGGAAUCUGCUGAAUGGACAUCUUAUGAGGGAGACGCCAUCCCGAGGGAGUUAUGUUUGACUCGUGCUCGAGGUGUCAUCGUUGGCCCCGCAGGCGCCCUAUGGCCCUACAAAUUCGUUAUCGGCGUGCUCACACGUCUCCUUGCCGACUUCCCGGAUGACUUCCACGUCGAGGAAAAUACCCCCGUGACCGCUAUCCAUGACGAUACUGCUGUCAACGGCCGAAACUACAAGGUGGAGACAAGCAGAGGCACCAUCACCGCCCGACACGUUAUCCAUUGCACCAAUGCCCAUGUCAGCCACCUGGUCCCCGGCUUGCGGGGCCGAAUCUUCCCCGUGCGCGGGCAGAUGUCCGCUCAAACCCCCGGUGACAACUUCCCGAACCAAGCAGAGAACCAUUCCUGGCUCUUCAACUACGACCGCGGAUUCGACUACAUGACCCAGUUGCCAGCGGGACAGAUGAUGCUCGGCGGAGGCUUUAUGCAGGGUGAAGCGGGCGGUCUAGCGGACCUUGGCAUCUCUACGGACUCUGAUCUUAGUCUCUACGUUGAUAUCCACUUAUCCGGGGCUCUGCGUGCCAUCUUCGGAGCUAAAGACUGGGGCUGCGUGCAAGGUGAGCCGGUGCAGGCGAUGUGGACCGGUAGCAUGGCGUUCAGCUCCGAUGGACUCCCGUGGGUAGGACAGUUGCCUGGGGCUGUGACAGGUCGGUCUGAGCAUGGGUCUGAGGGGGCGGAGUGGGUUUGUGCUGCGUUUGGUGGAGAGGGAAUGGUUCAGGCUUGGCUUGGUGGUAAGGCGGUUGCGACUAUGUUGCUUGCACGAGAUGCCUCGCUGAGUGAGACUGUCAGUGCGGAUCUUUCGUGGUUCCCUGAGAAUCUGCUUGUUUCCAAGGAGAGACUUGAUGAGGCGGUCUUGCCGAAGGAGGUCAGGGAUGAGGUGCACAAGGCGAAUCUUUAG